CAAGUUAAAAGCACUGGCAGUUCAAUGAGAGAACUAUAACCUCAGCAGUGUUUUUUUUCAACUGAUGUUCGUAAAAAAGAUCAAUAUCAAAAUGGAAUCCAAAGCUGAAAAUAUUGACGAUAUAAAAACGAAUGAUGAAAAUAUUUAUCAGGAUGCUGAAUCUGAGGAUGAUAAUGUGGAAGAAGAAUAUUGUAGCGAUGCGACAUAUAUAGCACGAAAAAUAACAUCAGCAGAGAGACUACUUCAAUCAGAUAUAGUGAAAUUGUACAGCUUAAAAGUUAAACUGAAGCAUACAGUACCACCGCAACAUGAAAUUGAAACACGUGCGGGAUCUCAUAUGCCAUCAAGAGAGCAAAUAGAAAAGUGAAAAAUAGUACCAAUCAAGAGAGGCUUAUAUACUAUUGAUGAAGACAACAUUAUUGUUAGUAAUUGGAAAGAGUUUUGUAAGAUACAUGAUUGGGAUAUUAAAAAAAUUCAUCCAUUCUUACAAUUAAGAGUUGGCAAAGUUACAUACAUGCGUAAUACUUUAGAAAGGCGGAGAUUUGUACAAUUUUUAGCUAAUGGUUUAACAAAUAGAACUUUGUACAGUGUUUACCAUCGAUUUAGAAAUUUAUAUGAGAAUAAUGUACAAAGAAGAUUUACCCCUGCCGAAGAUCAAAUGAUAUUAAAUCAUUUAGAAAAUAACCCCUCUCUCGACGAAAAACGUAAGUAUGUUGAUUUGGCUAAAGCACUUCGGAGAACAAGACAUUCUAUUUGGCGACGUUACCGAAUAUUGAAGAAAGAAAGAAAACUUAAAAAUUCCUAGAUAUUAUUAGAAAUUAUUGU